GUAAUGUUUUCCCGCCUUUUCUCUAGUAUACGACAUUGUAAAAACGAUUGGAGAGUCAUAACAAAUAAUUAUUGGUCUUGAAAAAGGGUAUUUGGUGUUCAUGCUGUGGGCAUCCUCCCACGAUGUCGAUCCCCUCGGAGAACACCUACGAGAACAUUCAGCGAGAGGAGCGUUACAAAAAGCUAGAGCGAGCAGUGAAGCUCCUGAAUAUGCAGUUGCAAAAGAAGUCCUGUGACAUAAAUCCCUUGGAUCCUCCGUGGCCAAGUGUCUCCAGCAUCAACGUUGAUCCCCUUGACACAAGCUGCGCAGGAUUCUCCUUGCAUUCCUCCCGCAUGGGCAGUGACGUCCUGGCAUCAAGCCGUAACAUGCACAAGAUGAUGCACAAUCGCUCGAACCCUCCAAAAAUCCCCCAGGGGCUAACGACCUCCAGCAUUAAGCAGUCCCCGAGGACAGUCUCCCAAGAAGAGCGAGUUCUGAUGCCUCCACCGAAGACAAUUGGUAUCCUCGCACAUUCGUCCCGAAGGAAUUCCCUAGCCGGUCCAGGGUACUCAAAAUCCACGCUCCAGGGGGCGUUAGGUACACGUCAGGGGUUCUCUGCGCAGAGUGUCAUCUCUUCGAUAAAAGGCUCUUCUUCGGGACGAGAUCUGUACCCAACAGCCUUCGAGAAGGAGAACUGGAGAGACCAUCAGCCGGGAGUUGAGGUGAAACCAGACAGGAUUUUCUCAAAAUGGAAGCCAGUUCUGAACGACAAGGGCCUGCUCAUAAUCAAGGGUACCCUGGACUGUGGAAAAGUAGCUCGCAGUAAACCAGUAAUCCGUAGGCUCUCCUCGGUCACAGUGCAAUCAAUCUUCAAUCACAUUUAUCACCUGCAUGGGAACAUCAACGAUGAGAGGCACGAACUCCCGGACUAUAUUCGAGGAAAAUUUUACAACGGAUUCCCCGAUGAUUGGGAGAAUGUCUACCAGGUCUGGAGUAAUUUCGUGGCUGAUGGCAGCAGAAAAAGCUUCAGAUGGCCCACACCAGUCACCGACAGUGAUGACGACCUCCAGAGUGAGGUCUCCGACAUCACAAUUCACAAGCCGAGGAGACGUUUGAGUCCCAGGAAACAAUCAGCAUCGAUAAAAAAUCGAGGAGAGGAAUUAUCGGAAGCGACAUCAAAGAUGACAGGAAGUACCAAAUUGAGCCCUAGGAAGCGUUUGAACUCGAGCAGAGACAGACGAGAUCGGUCCAGUGAAGCAGUACAAGAGGAUAAAAAAUUGUUGACUCCUAGGGGAUGUCUGAAUGGCAGCAGAGAUUUAGCACCUGGGGGAUUAUCAGAAAAUAAAAGCUGCUGUUGCUCGAGGGAAACGAACUCCAAGAACUGUGAAAGAGAAGAGAACAACGAUACUAUCGACAAUUUCAUGGAGAAAAUAAAAAACCAGCAGAUGAACAGUUCAGCAGCCUCACUGACUCCAUCCUCAGCUGGGAAACUGGGGCUGACGUCUCUCAAAGACAUCAUUCAGGAGGACAAACUGAAGAUCAUCCUUGAGAACCUGACGACCAGAAGAUGUUCGAUAGAGUACAUAGACAAAAUAAUUGCAAUGUUUGACUGUUUGAAGUACGUUGUGUCGUAUCAGUCAGACGACGCGGCUGAAACUCCUCUCCCCCGAGGACCUCAACCCUCGAAGCCAUGUGUCCAUCGAGAUGAGGUACUUAAUUCUGACAAGACAUCGAAUCCCUCCGAAACUUCAGAGACUCAUCACCGAAAGCGAAAUCCCCCAUUGAGAAGAAAACUCUCCCAAGAAGAUUACGACAGCUCUGAUGGUCUUGACGAGUCUUCUGACAACGACGGAAGACCAAAAUUGCCUCUGAGGCUUCGGGAGAAGCCCCUGGAUCAGUUGAGAUCAACCGAGAAACGACGCAGACCCAUUGAGCCCCCAGUCAGCGAGAGUGAAGAAGAGGGGAUUUCUCCAGCGAAGAAAUUUGCGUCUACACGUCCGCAGGUUAAUGGCAAAAAAUGCCAGAAGACGGAAACAGUGAAAGCACCAGAACGACCUCUCGUGAAUUACGACUCAUGCGUGAGUUUGACGGAGGAUGAAAGACGGCCUCUGCAACCGCCUCCUCAUCUCCUGAGACCCAGAGAAAAAACAUUCCUGAGAAAUCGAGGUUAUCGGGCUGCACCCUACGAUUCAAGCGUGAGUUCAACUGACGACGAAGUAGGGGGUGAUUCUCAUAAGCAAGUGGACACCAUGAAACAUAUGCAGAAAGCUAACACAAAAGCUCUGAAAUUGACCGACGCUCCAAUGAAGCGAAAUUUUCUGAAGGAAAAUUAUCAAAAGGAUCUUCCCACUGUUCCGGAGAAGACGAAAGAGGAGACGCAAAAGGACAGUGAAAACAAGCAGAACCUGAAGGGGUCUAAACCCCUCCACAAGGACGAAGGGAUUCCUAAGAUUGUUGAGGAAGUCAUUGAGGAGGUAUCACUAGAGAUAACGUCCCCAGAAAAGAAGAAGAAGAAACCGGUUGUGGUUAAUGUUGAGAAAGUAUCAGUGACCCUUCCUCAAUUGUUAACCAAAUCAUCUUCCCAAGGUUCCAAUAAAGACCAGAAUACAUCCAAAAAGGAUCCGAAUCGAUCGAAGAAGGGUUCCCUCGAGGAUUCCGUGGAACUGAUACCUGCAGACGUUGAAGAUAAGGAUUUACGAGUGGAAUUGAACGAUGUCGUGAAGGAAUCCAAAAGGUCGAAAUCUAGCAAAGAUUCCGUGAAGAAGGGAGCAUUCGGCACAGAGACAAAUCCAAAAGUUCUCACUACGUGGUUUCCCAAGCUCGUGAAGAAACCAGGUGGAAAUUAUGGACUGAUUUUCGUGGGAAAACUGUUGAAUGAAGCUGGACAUGUGGCGAGCAGGAGGUUCUCCACGGAUUUUGUUCUGAGACGAGUUAAUGCACAGGUCAUUGAGACUGAGGUCCACCAAUUCUAUCAGCUGACAGGGGAACUCUGUGAUACAAAGCACACUGUCCCGAAAGAGAUACAGAAGCAGUGCUUGAAGGGAUGUCCUGGGAAGAUCAAUUACUUCUGCGAGAAGUGGAGGAGACUCAUCGAGGAGACGAGUCCUGAUAAGAGGGAGACUAGUCACAAUACGACUAUUGACGUGAUUGGAGUGCCAACAAGCUCGAGGGGGAGGAGGAUCUUGCCUCCUUUGUGCUAUUGGACCGGGGAGAGAGUAACCCUGAAAGGCAAUAUACCUGUUUACAGUCCUGGAAACAGCCAAGAGUCCUCGAUUCCGUCUUCUCUGGAGAUAUCAUUCAGAAAAGACGCGAAUGGGAAAGACCUUUCGCAGAACUCCUCGAGGAAGAAAGACACUAGUGCCAAAGACACGUCAGCCAGUUCAACAUUGAACAACACUAGUGUCAGGAAGGCCGACAAGAAUGGGAAACCUGAGGAUCGAGGGGGAAAAUCGAAGAACAGUCCAGUGGAGCUGGAACAAGCGACAAAACCCACGAGAUCCACCAGUAAGAGACGACUCAGGAGGGAUAUUAAGGAUGAUUCUAGUGGUCCUGAGGAAGUGGAGAGGGAGACGAGGGUGAAAAGAAGAAGGGCGCGGAGGGAAGAGGGCAACUCUCCUGAAAAAGGGAAGGAGGUCGUCAAGAGCAGAGGGAGGAGUCGGGAAGACACCAAGGGCAGUCGUCGUGAGGGCCUGAAGAGACAGACUUCGGGACUGACUUGCACCUAUCGAACCAAUGUGCCUUAUCAUGAUGAUGUUCUGUCCGAUGACCAGUUAUCGACCAUAUAAUUUUUUGAAUUUAUGUUAAUAGUUUGGAAUUUAAGGAAUACUGUUUGUGACUAUGUGCCAAUGAAGUUAUCAGCUUUCCGUGUUUUGUCAUUUUGGAUAUAAUAUAUGUAUAACAGUGAUGUUUAAAGGAA